UUCAAAAAAUAGUAUCUGUCUGUCUCUGUCUAUCUAUCUAGCUAUCUGUCUAGCUAUCUAUCUAAACAAACGCCGUACCCAGCUAUGAGGCACAGUUAAAAUAAUACUAAUAAUUAUUUAUUUACGCUCUCUUGCACGUAAUAAUGAGAUGAUGUUUAAACCGCCACCUCUGUUUGAUGUAUUUCUGUGACUUCGUCACGUGAUUUGUAGAUCAGUGUUUUGAAGAUCACACUUCAGUUUAUAAAUAAGGAAAGUGAAACUAAAGCAGACUCGGUGUGCUUCCUGACGUGUGCAUUUAGGAAAGAACGGCUAGCGCCACAAUCAGAUAGAAAGUGUACAAAAAGACUGGAAACGAACAAUAAAGUUCUUACAUCAUGACAUGACACCAGAUCCAUUUCCCACACUUUGAAAAAUUCAGCCCCACAUCCCUUUCUAUUAGAUGAAAAGAACCCACAGUAAUACACCAGCAACACAAAAUGGGAAGCUGCUGUUCACACCAACUUCACCAGCGGGAAGAAACAAAUGAAUUGUUGCAUAAAGCUGAAAAUAAGCAAGAUUACAUCACCAAGGAUGAUAUUGUGAAGACCCAACCUGAGGCACGAGGGAAAUUCAAAGACACUAGAAUGCCUGUAACGGACGUGCCAAAUGUCUCUGCUGGUGUUCGUGCGUACAAAAGCCAGGAGAAUAAUCACAGAGUCACGUCAGCUGAUAGGGUGGUAGAGGAUGCUGAGGAGGCUGUGUCUGUGCACCAGGAGAGCGAAUCUAUCAGUCUGCUAGAGCUGGAGACACUGGCAGCUGACCUGGAGCACAAGGCACAUACAGCUUUUGCAGGAGAUGUUACUAAAACCAUGGUAACCCAGGAAGAACAUGAGCAGCCAGCUAGCAAUGCAGAGACUAAGUCUAGGAAAAAUCCUGCCACUGAAGAAAUCAAUGAUACUGCUUGCACUGAUGAUGUGCAGCGGACUGUAAAAAAUGGAAUUGGAAGGUUAGUCAAGGAUGCAUUGCAAGAAGACAAGAGAGGUUUAACCACAGAGACAACGGGAAAAGAGCCAAUUCUUAUGGCAAAGCUAAGAGACCCAGGCUUGCAGAGGAGAUGGUGAGGCAUGAGAGCUGCAUGGAGGAAGAAAACACUGCAGAUAUACAAGCGUUGGAAAGUCCAGAUUACGCGGGCAGUGUUGUGGAGAUAAAUGUAGUACAGUCUGUGGAAGACAUUGGAGAGGAUCUAACCAAAGGAGGCAAAAAAACUGAAGUUGAGGAAAGUGCUGUUGACAUGAAAGACACACAAAGGACGCCCAGCAUAGAGAUGGAACCAGAGAGCCAAAGUGAAACCCAAUCCAAUGUUCUUAAACCUGUGAAAUCUUUGGAUGAAGAACCCAUGAGAGAAAUGAGUGCUGCUGUCGAAGAUGAGGAUAACACAAGUGAAGUUGAUCUGUAUCGAGAUGCUGAAGAGAUAGAAGAGGAUCAGCUGGAAAAAAAUGGAGCAAAAUGUGUUGAUGAUUUGAUAGUUCCUCACGAUAAGUGCAGCAUAUGUCCAGAAUUGGACAUGUUAUCAUACAGUGAAAAUGAGUGGAGAGGAAAAACAGCCAAAAGUGCACUGAUUAAAAAGGGAUAUGAAGAAGUUUAUACAAAUUUCAGUGGGCUUCGGAGAGUGCGAGGAGAUAAUUACUGUGCGAUGCGGGCAACACUUUUCCAGGUGUUGAUCCAGAGUAAGGAAACACCAGCCUGGCUUCAGAGAGAAGACUUUAUCCAGCUGCCAGAAAAGUUAGCCUCAUGUUAUGACUGGAUGAAGCAGUGGAGGUUUACACAGGACAAUGAAAAUGGACGUUUGGUGGAAUUGCUAAGAGGACAUAUGCAGCUUCUAAAGAGAAAGUGGUUGACCGUGGUGGAAUCCUCCAGUGCAGAAGAGAGACAAGCCGUGUGUGAAGAGAUCUUCAGGAAUGAAGAGGAGGAGUACAGUUUGCUGGAGGCUGUGAAAUUGCUGAUGUUGAAUACUGCUAUUGAACUGCACAAUGAUAUGCAGCUGGACAAGGACGUGCCCAUUUUCUGCUGGCUCUUGUUUGCUCGGGACAGUUCUGAUACCCCCUCAGCAUUCCUCAGCAACCACCUCAAUCAAGUGGGCUUCAGUGGCGGACUCGAGCAGGUCGAGAUGUUCCUCCUGGGCUACACUCUGGAGCUGACAAUUCGUGUGUACAGGCUUUACAAAUUUGAAACGGAUGAGUUUCUCACAUUUUACCCUGAUGAUCACAAAGAAGAUUGGCCAGCUGUGUGUCUUAUCACAGAGGAUGACAGACACUACAAUGUCCCGGUCCAAAAGCAAGACACAACAAGGUUAUAGUCAGCUCUCUGGGCCUUCGCUACUUUGAUGCACUUUUCACCUACGGUACAUCUAAAGAAGGGGGAGUGAAUCUAGCAUGGCUUGAGCUGCAUUGUAUUUUGUAUUCCUAAAAAGCAGACAAGGUGAGUGUGUUGAAGCAGGAUUCCAAAAAAGAUCUGGAGCUUAACUAAAUAAGUUCUCAAUUGCAGAAUCUGAUAGAACAAUGUAAAGUAUUGCACAGCUAUUUAUUUAUUUAUUUUGAAACAAAUCACAAGACUCUGCUCUAAAGUUUCUGUAUGUUAAGGUGGAUGGGUCUGCAUUUACUCUAAAUGAUUCGAUGACAAUAAAAUCAUUUUUAACAUCAAAAUUCUUGACUUGGUGCUUUAACGUCCCACGCAGAUAUAAUGGAGGCACCUGUAUGUGGGUAUUCAACACUUGCAUUGGAGGCACCUGGUUAUAUAUUGGGAAUCCCUUUUCUAGUGUUUCGGUCCACAUUUCCUUUUUUUUUUUUUUUUUAAUGAUAUUCUGCAUCUACUGUGGAUGUAGGUCAAGGUGAUCAACUUUUUCAUGAUACUGAAAACCGUAAUUUUAGUCACAGUAUGGAUUACACUAUGUAACACAAUUUUUGUUCCUGGGUAGUAAGUGUUAUUUCCUAAUUGC